GGCAUUCUGGGAACCGGAAGAGAAGCGGGGUUGCUCCCGGACAUCCGGUUCCAGCGCCGCGCGGUGCUAGAAGCGCGGGGCCGGCAGCUCUUGAGACACGAUCCGGUCAGGAGGCGCUGCCGCGAUGGUGGGCAAAGCUCGGAAGCGCGGGGCCGGCCUCCGCCGGGCCGCUCGGGCCCAGGUAGCGGAGGAGGAGGAGGAAGAGCCGGGACCGCCGCCCUCCCCGGGGGACCCCAGUUACUACCAGGACCAGGUAGAUGCCUUCCAUGAGGCGCGGUCGCAGGCGGCUCUGGCUCCCUCGUGGAGCGACGGGGAGAGUGGGGCCGAGGACCCCGAGGAGGAGGAGGAGGUGCUAGGCCUGGACGUGCCGGACGAGGAGGACGAGGAGGGGGACGGCGGCAGCGUCGGCGGCUCCUCGGUGUGCAGCGAGGCCGAGGACCCGGACGCCGACCCCAGCCUGUCGUGGGGCCAGAGGAAGCAGCUCUACUACGACACGGACUACGGCGCCUCCAAGGGCCGGGGGCGGCAGAGCCAGCAGCAGGAGGAGGAGGAGGAGCGCGAGGAGGAGCGGGAGGCGCGGCUCAUCCAGCGCCGCCUGGCCCAGGCCCUGGCCGAGGACGACGUGGGCCUGAGCUGGGUGCAGGCCUUCGGCCCGGAGGCCGGGCCGCCGCCCGCAGAGGCCCCGACCCGCGUGGCCCAGGACCUGGGCCGGCUGCCGGCCCAGGAGCAGCUGCGGCUGCUGCGCAGGGAGGCCCCGGAGCUGCUGGAGCUGCUGGGCGACCUGAAGGCCAAGCUGCGGGAGGCGCGGGACGAGCCGGGCCCGGGGCAGCCCGCCGGCCGCCGCCUGCGGGCCAAGCACCGCCUGUGCCUGCUCUACUGCGCCCACGUCAGCUUCUACCUGGUGCUCAAGGCCCGGCGCGCGCCCGUGCGCGGCCACCCGGUCAUCGAGCGCCUGCUGGCCUACCGCCGCCUCCUGGGCGCGCUGGAGCGGCCCGGGCCCGGGCGGAGGCGGCCCCCGGAGCCCCGCUCCGGCCGGGAGGCGCGGGAGAGGCUCGAGGCAAAGAGGAAGGCUCCCCACGAGGACGAGGACGAGGACGAGGACGCCGAGCCCGGCGCCAAGCGGGCCAUCAGCUACCAGAUGGCCAAGAACAAGGGGCUGACGCCCAGGAGGAAGAAGAUAGACAGGAACCCCCGGGUGAAGCACCGGGAGAAGUUCCGCAGGGCCAAGAUCCGCAGGCGCGGCCAGGUGCCCGCGCCCCUCACCGAGGAGCGCAAGUACUGUGGGGAGCCGUCGGGCAUCCGCGCCGGCGUGAAGAAGAGCAUCCGGCUGAAGUAGCCCCCGGCUUCCCGGCCGACAAUAAACCCCUCCCCCCGCUA